CCUCGCCCUAGCCUAUUUCCUGCAUCCGGUCCUGGAUGGGCUGGCUCUGACAACUGGUGAGCAGCAUGGAGGUUCAGUCGGAAUCCCAGUCUGGCCCGACCUGUUCGUCGUCCUCCCAGAACCACUCUGGGGUCUCGGUGUCCAAGGAGCUGCUGACGGCGGGGAGCGGCGACCAAGGAGGUAUAUGGGACAAGCUGCUCAUCAACUCCAAGCCUAAUUCCAGAAAGAAUUCCACUCUUCAAACAGUUCGGAUAGAGAGGAGUCCCUUAUUGGACCGAGUACAGACGUUUCUCCCACAGAUGGCUCAGGCAAAUGAACAGCUAAGAAAAGAAAUGGCAGCUGCACCACCUGGUUGUUUCAACAUUGAAAAUAUUGAUGAGACUCUCGGAAAAGUUAUACAAAUGGAUGUGGCCUUGUUUGAGAUGAAUCCAUCUGAUUCAAAAGAAGAGGACAGUUCAGAAGAGAAUUCACAAGACAGCUCAGCCUCUGAGGACGAAGAUGACAGUACCUCUUCCGAAGGCGAAAUCACCAUCGAUAACAUUAAACUUCCUCAUUCAGAAGCUGGAAAAGGCAAGAUAGAGGUUCUGGACAGUCCUGACAGUGAAAAAAAAGAAACAGGGAAAUAAACAAUCUAAGAAACAGGUAAUAGAUGCCUGCUGAUUCUGUGAAGAAUAGAUCGCUGGUUAUUUUGCAUUUCAGACAUUAUGGUGCUUUUAUACAAUAUUGGAUGUAUUUUUGUUUCUUGGAGAAAUAGAAGCUGGCUUUUAAGGAGAUGGAAUAGAUGGCAUUUGGGGAUCUUCUAAGAGCAGACUGUAUUUGAUCCAUGCUAAAAAGAUUUAGUUUAAGAAACUUUACUGUGUAUCGUGGUAAGUGAAUUUAUUGGCAUCUUCUUUCAUCAGCACUGACUUCAGAAAUCUCAAACUUAUUUUAAAAUAAAAAUACAGGGAGUUCCUAUUGUGGCUUAGGGGUAACGAACCUUGCUAGUAUUCAUGAGGACAUGGGUUCAAUCCCUGGCCCCACUCAGUGGGUUAACGAUCUGGUGUUGCCAUGAGCUGUGGUGUAGGUCACAGACACAGCUCGGAUCUGGUGUUGCUGUGGCUGUGCUGUAUGCUGGUGGCUGCAGCUCCAGUUCAGCCCCUAGCCUGGGAACUUCCAUUUGCUGAGGGUGUGGCCUGAAAAAGCAAAACAAAAACAAAAACCACCUGUUUUUCUGUUUUAAAUUAUCCUCUUGGAUAAAACAACCUAGGCUGUCUUUUGGAUUUUCUUUUUUUUUAGGUUAUUAUAAAGUCAAAUUUAUUACCAUCAAAAUGGUUUCAAUGAGGGAGAAAUUGUUUAAAGAAAUUUUUUACAAGGAAAAGAAUUACUUGUAUUUAGCUACCCUCAGACAUGUCUACUUCCAUUAAAACAAACAAAAAAAAUCCUUU